CUGAAACUCCUACGCGCUCUCUGAUUGGUCCGACUUCCUCAGUCCUGGAAGCUUUCUUUCCUCCUCUCUUCUUUCGUUGGAAGGGAAGGAAAGAGGGGUGUUUUUUCCUCGAGUGGCUCCUGUCCUUUUGGCCUGGGUGUGGCUUUGAUUAGUCAUGGGGAAAGAGUGGUAUUGGGGCGGCGGAAGAUCCUCCAAGAGAGGAGGAGAUCAUAGGAAAGAGGAGACCUCUUCUGGGUGCAUGUGUGCUGUCUUCCAUUUCUUUGAUUUUCAUCAGUUCCAGUUUGCCAUGAACCAGCAGCCUUCUUUCAAGUUCGGCUCUUCGCUCCCUGACGAACCCACCAUUCCUAAGGGAACGGAAGCACCGAGGAACAGCUUGGAACUAGAGCAGCCUCGGUUAGAACCCAACCGGAAAGAUGGUGAACUUUGUUUGGACAUCCCAAUGGGCAUCCAAAUCAAAACCAGUGGAGACAGAAGGCAGAAGCAAGAAGGUCAUUGCUGCGACUCUUCCUCUUCUUCCACUACUACACCUGAAGUCGUCAGGACUCCAACUCUUGUGGCCCGACUCAUGGGGCUCGAUCUUCUUCCAGACAGCUGCUCAUCCUCCCCUAGAGUCUCUUCAACACUAGAGACACCCACCUCGAUCCCCGGAAAGUGUCACCCACACACCGGCCGACCUCGAAAGCCGCGGCCGAGCGAUCAAAAGAGCUGGUCGGAGAAUUACUGUGGAGUUAAUGCGGGGACUCGGUCUUUGCCAGAGACCCCGAGGAUGUCCUCCGCCAGAAGAUCGGUCGAUGCAGAUCGCCGUCUCUCUCUCCAAAUCAGCAAGGAGAACUUAAAUUCGAGCGAAGAAUUGGAGUUCUCGCGCUUCACCACGUUGAGGAGGAAAGAAUUCAAAUGCGAGAAUGAGAACAGGAGCCCGAGUUACUACGCGAGGCAGAUUGUGAAGCAAGUGAAGGAAAGCGUCGGAAGGAAAGUUGGAAUGGAUAUCACGAACAUGGUCAGGAACAGCGAACAAGGAAGAGACUCAAAUGUUGAAGCUGUGAAGAAGCAUUUCAAGUCCAGGAAAUCUUCCCGAAUUGGUGUGAAAGCUGUGGAAGACAACUCGAGCCCAGGAAAGCAAGAACAAUCAACAACAUUUUCGCCUAGGCUCAGGCACCUGGAGAUGAGGGACAAGAAAAUUAGACCACCAUCAAACGUGAAGGAUCAAGUUUCUCAAGCUCCAAUACCAGGUUCAUCACCACCAUCUCCAAGCAAUGUCAUUGAUCUUCAGGUGCAACCCACAAAAGGUACCGUGAAGCUGAAGCCUCAAGCUCCUGAAGGGCAAGUCCUGAACCAGCGCAAGUCCACUGAGAAAUGCAAAGCAGCGAUGGAACGGUUCAAGAAGCCAUCAAGAGCAUCGACUCCGAGUAUCAUCAGGAACAAGCAAGAGGAACAAUUUGUUCGCCCGACACAAGCUGCAGUGACAUCAUCGGCGAACGCUCCGGACAAGAAAAGGAAGAAAACUCCAUACUCCGGCGACAUGCAUAGCAUCGCCGUCCAUACUCUUCUCCCAGUUAAGAAAGAUCCUUCCCCUCCGGCUACUAAAAUCCCCCAAAAACAGGUGCAUGGAGCUCACGCAUCAAAGCAGAGCUCGCAGCUAUCUGGUGGUUCGAGCCCGCAAGAAGCGACGCAUGUGCUCAGUGCCCGAAAAGGUGAAGACGACAGGUCGAAUGGUGGUGUUUCCUCCGCCACCGCCGAAACUGUAGCAGCCGAACUGCAGUACGUUACCCUAGUACUGAAACAUUUAGGCAUCGAAAGGCACACAUCAUUAUUGUCCUCCAUGAGAUGGUUCUCCCCAUCCCGCCCCCUCGACCCGUCAAUUUUCGACCAUCUCGAGCUCUUGUCCAUUACGUCCCCGACAGAUGGCGAUGCCAGUGCACCGACGGAGAUACUGAAGGGUCACUUAGAACCCAAGUGCAACAGAAAGCUCUUGUUUGGUCUCUUGGACGAAAUCUUGGUACAAGUUUUGAAGCCUUGUCUGAAUCUGAAGCCAUGGGUCGGUACAGCUGAACACCACAGUCACCGUCAUUAUCAUGGUCAUGACAAAGGGUCGCAACUAAUCGACAGGUUAUGCACCAAACUCGAGAGCUUCCCGAGAGCAGACUGCCGAGUUCUUGAGGACAUCGAUGCCUUGAUAGACAAAGAUCUACCUCGCAUGAAGCACCAGAGUUUGAGGGCGUUCGAGGAAGAAGGAGAUGGGUUGGUAGCGGAAAUCGAGCGGGACAUACUGGACACGCUCGUCCAAGAAACGGCCUUGGCCAUGGCCAUGGCCAUGGCAUGAGGACAUGUUAUGUGGAGCGUGUGGAGCGUACGGACGGGGGGUGGAAGUUGUUCAAAACGUGACGAGACAGCCAACCCAGAAAGCAUAUGGGUCAUUCACGUGAUGAGAUGCUCGAUGUGGGUCAGAUCAUUUCAUUAGGGAUGUAGGGGGGGGGGGGGGGGGACUCCUUGAAAAGGGCUCGACCGAUUUACACGUCGGACUUAGGUUUGGAGUUCAACCUCGCGGUCCCCCCGACCCGACAGGGUGCAGCCCCCGAUUGGCUCAGACCCUUUUUGGGGCAGAGGAGUCCAUUGCAUUUGCCCUUUUGUAUAUUCUUCUUCGGAGGAGCCUUGUGAUUAAAGAAAAUAUUAAUAACAACGUUGGUGUAUUUCUACUGUA